UCGAGCUUGUUGUGUUUUCAAAUAAUCCGGGUCGAUAGAUUAGGCGCACUACUUAACCAUAUAUUAUACAAACUGCGUGCAUGUCCUAUGAAUCAGGGCAACAUGUUUUCCAUUUCGAAUCACCUGCGACUGCCCUUACUUGCGGGACUAGUCUGCAUCCUGAUCUGCGGAUUUCCGUUGGCCUAUGAGGCAAGGAGCAUUGGGGAUGAUUCGCGAGAGAACACGAUCACCGAUGACACGGCGGAGUACCUUAGAUCCUAUGGCGCUCUGAUGAAGUCCUACAUGAACUUCAGCGUCGAUCCCUGUGACGAUUUCUACGAGUACGCCUGCGGAAACUGGAAGAACGUUAAGCCACCGCAGCGGACAACCAAUAAGAGGAGCAAUCUCCUGGACAUCAUCUAUACACUGACCGAGGUGACGGAGCAGCUGAUGACCAAGACGCAACUGGCCGAGGCACUCAAUGUGUCCGCCGAACUCCGCGUUGCGCAAAGGUUCUACAAUUCCUGCCUCGCGGCUGAGGUAUUUCCGCACCCAGCCGCCGAUCCCGCUUAUCUAUCGCUUAUCAGGUCGAUUGGUGGUUUCCCGGCCGUCGAUGGGGAUGCUUGGAACGCGUCCAGGUUCAGCUGGUUCAACAUGAGUGCCCAUCUCACCAACUAUGGCGCUGAUGGACUGAUCCACGAUAAGAUCACGCAGUAUUAUCCCUUCCAGCCGUAUUUCAAGCUACCAGAGUUGGGCUUCGACUACAACGUGCACACGGAUAAUAUCGCCAACAAAAGCUCAAGGGCCUACCCGAAGAACGAGAAGCGGAUGCACAAUUACCUGAAGGCCUUCAAUCUCACUGAGGAUAAAAUCGAAUCCGUGAUCACGGGCGUCUUUGACUUUUGGCGCGAAGCGCUCGCUAUUAAGGACAGGUUUGGAGGUGAUGAUGACAGGUGUAAUGAGCUCUCCGAGCUUUACAAUGUGUCUACAUUUGGCCAAUGGAGGAGCUACUACGAGAUCGCCUGGGAUGGCAAGGACUUCUAUAACGAUUCGCUUGCUGUUAAUUACUGCGACUUUUACUACACGGAGCUGGACAAGGUGUGCGCCAGGCACCUGGAGGCAGUGGCUAAUUAUCUGGCCAUGAAGCUCCUCUACCGCAUGGACGCCAAGCUGUCGGACCAAGAGUACCAAAAAGAUCACUGUCUGCUGGUCGUCCAGAGCUCGUUGUCCCAUCUCAUCAAUAAGCUAUAUAUGGCGGAACACUUUAGCGACGACACACAUUCCGAAAUUUCCGCCAUGGUCACGGAGUUGCGAAAGGCCCAGCGUCAGGUGCUCGAGAACGUCGAAUGGCUGGACGGGGAGACGCGACGAGAGGCUCUGGUCAAGGAGUCCACCAUUACACCGGUAAUUGGCAGCUAUAAGGACGAGGAGCUCACCGACCUGUUCAUCCGUAAAAUCGGGAAUCUAUCGGUGGCUGAGGAUGACUACGCCCAGAACAUUAUCAACGUGCGUAGGUUGGCCACCACCCUGUGGCGGCACAAGGGCCUGCACUUCGAAGAUUUUUCCCCAGACGCAAAGCCGAUCGCACUGAUGAUUGGUAAUCAGGUGAAUGCGUUCUACUACAUCUUGGACCACUCGAUAUAUGUCAUGGCUGGCAUACUGCAUCCGCCGGCCUAUCACCGUUCGUGGCCCGACUCCCUGAAGUUUGGCACCCUGGGCUACCUUGUUGGUCACGAGUUGACCCACGGUUUCGAUACUGUGGGCUCUAGUUUCGACAGCAACGGUCAGAUGCGCAACUGGUGGUCGACGAAGUCUGAGGCAGUCUUUCAAGAGCGAGCCAAAUGCUAUGUGGACCACUAUAGCAACUACUUGAUUCCUGAGAUCAACCGUAGGGUAAAUGGCAACGAGACCAAGGAUGAGAACAUAGCAGACGCCGGAGGAUUGACGCAAGCGCUUACCGCCUAUCGCAGUCACAUGAAGCAGCUGCAGAGAAGGGUUGAGGACAACGAGACAGUGACGCCCAAGAACGAGCAGAUGCCCGGCCUCGAUUUGUCGCCGGAACAGCUCUUCUUCCUUGGCUUCGCGCAGCUGUGGUGUGCCGCCUACGAGGAGGAGCACUACUGGGAGGAGCUCAACCAUGAGCACACCAGCGAUAAGUACCGGGUCCUCGGGGCCGUCUCAAACAACAACGACUUCGCCGAGGUCUACAAGUGUGCUCUGGGCACAGCCAUGCAUCCAAAAGAGGAGUCCUGUCGCAUUUGGUAGUUUGAUAUAAGUAUCAACAAAACUUUGAUAAAAGUGUAGAUACAAUAAUAAAUAAAAAAGGAAACUAAAACAAA